GGCGCCAGAACUCGAUUAUGAAUGCUCUUCCCGCCAAUGUGCCCAACCUGACAGCCACGCAGGCCAAAUCGUAUCUCUGGGGAGCCACCGGAGAGCAGGAAUGGACACCGGCAAUUACUACAGCCAGUGAGUCUCUGAUUCUUGGGCGAAAAUGUUCCUGAUUCUGGCGAUACUGAUGACGAGUCCAAUUGGGGCGACAGGAAGCUUUGUGCAGCCAAUCCAGCUAGCUCAGUUUAUGGACAGGAUUGGAAGAGUGUACCGUCUGACGGCAUUUACUGUGGCAAGCAGCUCGGAUGCAGUUGAUCUCUCCUAUCUGGAUGGCCUCUAUCGCGAGCUGAGAAGCAACACCACCAACCACUUCCGUCUACUUCCGCAGAUGACUGCCACAAGUGAAGAGGACGAAGAGUUAAAGUUUAGUGCCAUCCAGGAUGAGGAAACAAUGUACUUGGUGUUUGCAAGGAAUCACACGGAUUCAAUAGUUGAACUCCAAGCCAAGAGGGCCAGAGGAAGGCGGUACUGCAAGACCAUAUUCUUUAUAAGAGAUCCGAUAGGUGGUACUGAUCUGGCUUACUUCUUCGAUCUCAUUUGGCGGCUGCAGUUCAGAUCCGCCUUGGUGGUGGUGGCGAUGCGCAGGUUCUAUCAAAUGGAUCCUUAUCCCGAGAUUAGGAUAAUUCGGAUGCGAAAGCUAGCAUCAUAUGAUCCGCUCCACCUGUUUCCAUUGCCCAACAGGAACAAUUUUAAAGGAUACCGACUGAGAUUGCCGGUUCAAGAGGAUAUCCCGAACACCUUUUGGUCGCUUUAUAGUCAACGUACGAAGCGGCAUCUGGAUGGUUUGGGUGGCACUCUUAUCACCCAGUUUAUGGCCCACUUGAACGUGUCCCUGGAUCUGUAUCCACUUCUGGUGAACGGAUCCUCUUCGCUGGACCUCAACACUCUUAAUGGUCUAAUUAUUCAGAAUAAAAUAGAGAUGAGUCCACAUCUGUACGAUACCUUGCAUCCAAACAGCCAGGUGGACUACUCCUAUCCAUACCUGAUGUGUGAUCGCUGUUUCAUGAUACCGCUGGACAACGCUAUUCCCAGGAAUCUCUACGUAUUCAUGCCGUUCCGAAGCUAUCUUUGGACCUGUUUUAUUCUCACUUUGCUUAUUUUGCAUUUUUUUUACGUGCGCCGGCUAAUGAAGAGCUCCCAGAUUUGGGCAGCCUUGGGACUACCAGGAGCCGAUAGGAGGAGAUCCUCGAACACCAAACUAAGUAGCCUCUUAUCCAGUUCAUUGAUCCUGAUGGGGAUCUUCAUUCUGGUGCAAAGUUACACCACCAGACUGACUUCUUUUUUGACGGUUACCCUGACACAGAAGCCGGCUGGGACUCUGGAGGAGAUCCUUGAGAUGCCCAACCGCAUCCUGGUCGUACCCUCAGACGUGGAGAUCAUUGUGGGGUCACUGGGUCACAGCGAGGAGUUUAAACGAAAGUUUUCCUUUGCGGAUAAGCACACAUUCGAUUUGAAGCGCAUCGCAAUGGAUCCGGAGUUUAUCUAUCCGAUUAGUAGAUUUCGGUGGAAGUUCUUCAAUAAUCAGCAGCAAUUUCUGCGCAAGAAGCGAUUCAUUCUGACGAAUAUAUGCCAGGGUACUUUUCCGUUUCAAUAUCAGCUAAGGAUUGAUUCGCAUUUCAAGGAUCCAUUGCAUCAAUUCCAGUUAAGGGUGCGAGAGAGUGCACUUGGUAGGCUAUGGUCGAGUACUUCCCACCACAAUGCCCAUUUGAUGGGCUACCUAAAGGACUUCUCCACCCUGGCGGAAUUGGAGGAGACGUCCAGGAUCAGACCACUAUCCAUAACAGUUCUGUGCCCUGUCUUUACUUUGUUCCUGUGCGGAAUGUUGGGCAGCGGAAUUGCUUUUCUCUUCGAGAUCCGCCACAGCUUGGGGUGCAAGAAAAGAGGAAAGCCACCGCCUACUAACCGCAACCCUGGGAUUAUAUUUAAAACUUAAUCUGCAUACAAAGUAGCUCAUUUUUAACCAAAAAAAAAAAACGAAAAUAUUUAAAAGAAUAUAAAAAUCUAAUUUAAGUUUACGUAUGAUUCACAUUCUCCCCCACCCACAACCACAAAAAAAAAACAA